CAAGUAUUCAUCUGUGCUUGAAGAAACUGAACUGCAAAUAUUCUCGAUAUCAUCCCCUUUGCGAAGAGGGCUUCCUCCCGGCCGCUACUUGUUCAGCUCUUGCUCCAAGUAACUGGAGAAAAAAAAGUAUCAAGGAAGGAAGGAAGAAUUAUACGAGCAAAAUGCCGGCAAUUUCGACGCCGAAUUCCGUCGCAAGCGCUUGCCUCUUUACCUCUUUGCGUCCCUCCCUCCCCGCGACUCCCGAUCGGCUUCUCGCCUUCUGCUCGCCCCCUUUCUCGAAAUACCCUUUUCGUCCCCAAACUCUAGGUCUCUCCCUUAGGAGGAGGAAGAGAGGAAUCCUAGUCUCCUCGAAAGCCUCGGCGGAGCUCUCCCCCACCGAGGAGGAGUGGCUCAGGAAGCUCCCGGACAGGAAGAAGCCGCUCUACUCCCACAGCCUCCCCUGUAUAGAGGCGUGGCUGAAGAAUUUAGGGUUCUACCAGAGCCGCGAGGACCGGGCGGUGUGGUUCGUGGAGAAGGACAACUGGCAUGCCCAACUCUCCCUCGAUGUCACCGAUCUCUACAUAAGGUACCUGAAGAGUGGACCUGGAGAUCUUGAGAAGGAUGUGGAGAGGAGAUUUAGCUAUGCAUUGAGUAGAGAGGACAUUGAGAAUGCAAUACUUGGUGGACCAUGAAAACAAGAUGAAAUCUUUCCACAGGGUCAUUGAUGUAUGUGCGGAUCUCCUUGCAUGUCAAGCAAGGACUUGAAUUCAUCAAGAUUUUGGGCUGUUUUGAGUGUAUGUUCCUACUUCUAUGUAUAUGUCCUCUCAGAAAAACUUAUAUAUAUUUGUUCUAUGUAUAUGUCCUCUCAGAAGAACUUCUAUAUACUUCAAUAGUAGUUAGUUUCGAAAUAGUUUCACAAUGUACACCAAGCAUUCAAUCCAAAUCCUCUUCUUUUUUUCCCC